CGCUAAUUUGGACUCGACAAUACUGCCCUGCAACGACCAUCGCACUGGUCGAUGUCGCGCGCUCCUCCAUUUUCUUCUCGUCGCGGCCGGUCGCCUUCGUUUUCAAAUGGAAUUCCUACAAUCUCGUCCCCUCUCUCAGCGCCAGGUACGACGAUGGCUACCAGGCCGUUGCAAAUCAGUCGAACUCCGUCGCGACCAACGACUCCCAGUAAUAGCUCCAUAAUAUCGUCGUCGCCAAGGGCUACCCCACCAAACACUGCGCCAGUUGGCCCUUCUCGACCUCAGCGGUCCGAGCUACGGGCUCGAGUCUCUGACUUCACUGGAAACGACCGAGGGUCUACGUCUUACCGAGACAGUAUUAGUACAACGCGUUCCGAUGCUUCUUCCUCCCUUCACUCUCGAACGAUUACAAGUACACCUGUUAAGACACGGCCACCAAAGCCUCAGCGUCUAAACAGCUUACCCACGGACGAUGAGCAGACCCCAACGCCGACAUCAUUGUCAUCGGUCAUGUCGGCCUUUCAGUCUGCAGGAAGACGACGUGCAAUGACUAACGGUAGUGAUGACUUGGAAUAUCAGAAGGAGAAGAAAGUUGAAAUGGAAGCUGAGAAAGUCAGGCAACAACGAAUACGAGACAAGGUGCCUGGACUGAGGGUGAAUGGAAAAGCUCGAGCAGGCGAUAUUGAUGCUGUGCUCGACCAAAUAAGAGACGAAUGGGCCUUUGUUAUUGACCCAGAUUUCAAUCCCGUGGAUCUUGCGCUUCAACUCCUGGACGAUUCCUCACUGGGAAAGGAUAUUGAUUCGUUUCACAACACUAAGAAUUUAUUGUCCAAAGCCCUGCAAGGUUCUGUCGACAAACAUCACCAAGCCUUUGCCGCCGCACUUCCUCACCAUGCCAACCUCUUGAAUCACUUGGGGGCUACGCAAACACAGAUCAAUGAGACACGGACAGCAUUGCAAGAAUCUAAAGAUGCUCUAGGUAGCAAACGUGCUGAUCUUGUACAACUUUGGGCGAGGGGACAAACUUUGGAAGAAAUGAUGCGACUUCUGGAUCAAAUAGAGCAUCUCAAGUCUGUGCCUGACCUUCUAGAGACUCUCAUGUCAGAAAAACGCCUCCUGCAGGCGUCUGUUCUCCUCGUUCGAAGUCUAAAGAUAAUAAACAAACCUGAGAUGCUUGAGAUCGGAGCUGUCUCUGAUUUGCGAGGUUAUUUGUUGGGCCAAGAAACGGCUCUGCGAGAAAUAUUGACCGAUGAACUUCACAGUCACUUGUAUCUCAAAUCAUUUUGGUGUGACUCUCGUUGGGCGGCUUACACACCAAAUCAGCGGACAUUCCCCAAACUAGAUUUCGAAACUGACCCCCUUCCCAUUUCCUCCCAGAUGUCGCCAUCCUCUCCCACGUUCCAUCGAACACGUUUUGCUCGCUUUAUCGACGAACUUACCUUACGACCCAAUGACCCACCGCAUGACCUGGAUGACCCUAAUUUCCGCAAUGGAUUCUCUGCUUCUUCGUCUGCCUCAAUAUCUAAUAUCACGCUUAUUAUGCAGAACUCUAAUCCUGAGACCGACUCCUUUGCGUACAUGGAAACGGUGCUCGAAUCUCUUGCGGUCUUAAGCCGGCUGGGCAGCGCUCUGGACAGUGUCGCACAGCGCGUGCCUAAUGAAAUUUUCAACCUGGUGGAAACAACUCUAAAUGAAGUUUCAGAUCGUGCUGAGUACGGUCGGCGUGGUUCCGUGUACGCUCUCAUGCGGGCUGCAACGCGAUCCGAAGGCGUGUACGUUUUUGCCACAGUUACGUCUUCGUUGAGCAACAGGGUCGCAAGGAAAGGAGAUUAUCUCAAUCCGUCGUGCCUGAGACUGUCUGCCCUCGAAUCCUCUGUAAAGCAAGUCGACCAUGAGAUACUGAAGGAUUUCUUUUGGACUCUUUAUUCAAAAAUGGAUGCGGUUGCUCAAGGUCUGAGGGUGAUUUAUGAGGUAGCCAAUCGAAUCGGCUCUCGGCGAGAUUUCAAGGAUGCAGCAGGCACAAAGCCUGGUGCGCUUUUCCCUCUGGCAGACAUCUGGAUAUCAGUGCAGUCAGAGAUACGGACACUCAUUUCCGACUACUUGACCAACGAAGAGCAAGGCGCUGCUUCUGGUAGAAAUCCAGUGUCUUCCAUUAACGAAAUACUUCGUGAAGGGCGUUACUCGAGGGAUAAGACAAAGGCGAUGUUCCGGUUUGCAGACACUGACGUGAAGUUGACCAACAAGUUGCUACGGUCUCAUGAGGAUGAGUUGACUCGUGUUCUCAAAGACACGAUGCCUGGACUAGUCCAGGGUGGAUCUGAUAACACUGUACAAGCCGCUCUCUCUUCUGUUGGGGUGGAUGAUCGGAUACUUGGAGCAGGUCAACACCAUCGAUUACUCAUUGAACCGGAUACUUUUCAUGUCACUGUUCUUUUUGAGCCGACACUGGCAUUUCUCGCUCGUGUUGCUGAAACUCUACCCCCAGGGGCGGAAUCGACUCGAGAUUCGAGUACGGUUUUGGACGACUUUGUCUUAAAGGUAUAUCUCCCUCAGCUAGAAGAGAAAGUGUCGUCCUUGUUUCAUGAGGCAGUUACCGGUCACGACGCGUUUCUUCCUGAUCCCUUGUCAGCGAAAUUCUGCUCGGAGCCUCUAGUAAAGGCAAGCACGCAGCUCAUGGCUUUGAUAAAUUCAUUAUGUGCAAUGCUUCAAACCACCCCCUUCCACCGAGAAAAUUACUCUCGAUUGAUUCUUGGCGUCAUUAUUCAGUUCUAUCAGCGCUGCAGUGACCGGUUCCAAGAUUUGGUGUCGACAUCGACAGAAGGUCUGCCAGCAGCGCCUUAUGUAGCUCUUGCCGUCCAAUGGGCACAGCGGUCAGAGUUGACUCCCUGCUUGAGGGAGUUGCUAUCUACAUCGCCAAGUAGUAUAUCAACGCAGCAGCAACUUUGUCGUCAAGAAACCAAUCUUGAGCUCGACUUCCUUGGGCCAGACACUGUCAAGGCAACUGAUCUUGUCUCAUCAAUACGCAAUUUGUCUGCGCUGGCAAGUCUAUAUCGCAGUGUGGCUUGGUUUGUUUCUGAGCUGAAUGCUUUAAAGUCUCGACCAUCGGACCCGCCGAUGAGUCCGCUGAAUCUGGAACUUUUGUCUGCAACGUCUGCUUCAUCUCCGGUACUGCUGCCACCCGCAACAUCUGUGAGAGCAGAACUACUGGUCCUCCCACUUUCAAAAGAAAUGUCGCUGCGCUUGGGUGCACUGCUCAAGACGUACGAACAACUCGCAGAGCUCAUAUUGAGUACUAUUAGAAUCGACAUCAGGUGUCGGACUAUAUAUUAUCUUGAUUCAGCACUACGUUAUGCGAGUUUCCUGGCUCUUUCAACUGGUGGAAAUUAUUCCAUGGAGCAGGAAGCAGGAGAACCAGAUCCCCACGUAAUCGAUCUUAAUAAUGAACUAGGAGAAUGCGAUGCCUUCGUUAGCACUAGCUUGCCGGAGACAGCAAGACGAUUUAUAUUCGUUGGGUUGGGAUAUCUUAUGGAACAUAUUCUGAUCGCGAAUGCUCGGUACCUUGGUGUCCCGACUAACUUUGGGAUCAAGAAGAUCAUCCGGAAUAUGCUUGCUCUACAACAAAGCGUCAAGGCCAUUACAAACGACCAAAACGAGUUCGAAAAAGCGAAGCGUUACUAUACGCUCUUUUUUAUAUCACCACAAGCAAUGCUUGAUGGCAUACGGCAAAAACAAAUGUUCACUUUCGAUGAGUAUUUGACAAUGCUACGGUUACAAUGCGGAGUCGACCAGACAGAAGGAGACCCUAGAGCCUCCAAGGCAAUCAACCGUAACUAUAGCAUGUAUGUCAUAGACCUGCAUGGAUUAGAAAUGGAGAAUUCGGCAUCAUGAUCACUAUUUACUGUAGCAUACCGACAUAUUUAUUUAUAUAUGUAAGGACUAUUUCUUACGCUUCUUACCGGUG